AUGGGUUACCUCUACUAUCUCUUCCACCCUUACCAGCUUCGAUCGAUCAUUCAAUGGAAGGUCUGGCAUGAUCCCGUCCACCAGCGCGAUCCCAGCACAGAGUCCCCAGAGCUAAAAGAAUGCUUUCGCUACCUCGAUAUGACAAGUCGCAGCUUCGCUGCUGUCAUUCAAGAGCUUAACCACGAACUCCUCGUCCCCAUCACUCUCUUCUACCUCUGCCUCCGUGGCCUAGACACCAUUGAGGAUGACAUGACCAUCCCCCUGGAUAAGAAGGUUCCCCUCCUUCGAAACUUUCACAUCACUAUGGAAGAAGAUGGUUGGCAGUUCCAUGAGAGCCAAGAGAAGGACAAGGAGCUGCUGGAGCACUUCGAUGUGGUCGUCACAGAGCUCAAGAAGAUCAAGGCCCCUUAUUACCAAAUCAUCCAAGAAAUGACUCGCAAGAUGGGCAAUGGCAUGGCUGACUAUGCCCAAAACGAGGAGAUGAUCAAGAACGGUGUGCAGACUAUUGAAGAGUACGAGCUGUACUGCCAUUACGUCGCUGGUCUCGUUGGCGAAGGCCUAACGCGUCUGUUCGUUGAGUCAGAGCUAGCUAACCCCAAGCUUGCUGAGCGUCCUUCUCUCACCGAGUCAAUGGCGCAAUUCCUCCAGAAGACCAAUAUCAUUCGAGAUAUCCAUGAAGAUUGGCAAGAUGGCCGAAGAUGGUAUCCCAAGGAGAUCUGGAGCCAGCACGUCGACAAGUGGGAGGACAUGUUCGACCCCAGCCAGCAAACAAAAGCCCUCGAGUGUGUUUCAGCGAUGGUUCUCGAUGCGCUGAAGCACAGUGAGGAGUGUUUGUUCUACAUGGCGGGCAUCAAGGACCAGAGUGUUUUCAACUUUGUUGCUAUUCCUCAAGGCAUGGCCAUUGCGACAUUGGAGCUUGUCUUCCGCAACCCUGAGGUCCUCAAGAGGAACGUCAAGAUCACAAAGGGCGAUGCCUGCAAGAUCAUGUUCGAGUGCACACAAAACCUCUACACAGUAUGUGAAGUCUUCAAGCGAUAUGCCCGGCAAAUCGCCAAGAAGAACGACCCUCGUGACCCCAACUUCCUUGCCAUCAGUGCUCAAUGUGCAAAGAUUGAGCAAUUCAUUGAGACUCUCUUCCCCAAGCAGGACCCAAAGAAGCUCUCUGUGACUCAGGCCCAGGUCCAAAACAAGGAGCCAACUAUGGACGGAGGCGAGACUCUUGUUCUCUUCGGUGUUGUCAUUGCAGCUCUGGUCUGCAUUUCUGGUCUCAUGAUCGGUACCGCUUGGAUUUUCGGAGCCAGAUUCGAUACUAUCUUUAGGGAAGCCAGUGUCUUCCUACCAGGUGGCGAGAAGGCUACUCCCAUGAUCACGGGUCACGAAGAAUUGUAA